AUGAUAAACAUGAUGGACAACUACUUAAUCGCAGGUUCCUGCUUACUAGUAGGAUGGUUUAUGUGGCAGGCGAUUUGGAAUGUGUUUCUCUCGCCGUUGCGUCACAUUCCAGGGCCACUUCUUGCCAAAAUCACUGGUCAAUGGUUGAUAUUUGUCGACAUGGCAGGUGACCGAACCCAGACUAUACAUGAACUUCACAAAAGAUAUGGCCCAGCUGUGCGGAUCGGUCCAAAUGAAGUAUCGUACGCAGAUGUUGAGACGGUCAAAGAAAUCUACAGCCAGCAGACCGAGUUCAUGAAAGCACCAGUCUACGAGGAUUUUACCAUAGGAGCCAUUACCAUGUUCAGCAUGAGGAACAAGACAGAGCACAGUCAACGGCGACGGUUGUUGAGCCACGCCUUUUCGACAGCAAAUCUGUCCAACACCGAACCUUUGAUCAUGGAACAUAUCCAAAAGGUGGUGAAUCGCAUCGAUGGGUGUAUUGGAAAAGAGAUCAAUAUGCUGCUUUUGUUUCGCAAGCUCUCCUUUGAUAUCAUUGGGGAGCUGUUCCUGGGACGAAGCUUUGGUGGCCUCGACAAUGAUUCUACCCCUCCCUUUCUGGUAGACAUGGACAAAACAUUUAUUGUGGCUGGCAUCAAAUCGAAUUUUUGGCCUAUUUACCAGGUUGUUCGAUGGCUCCCUUUGCCGGCAGUGAAGCACUUUCUUAAAUCAACAGAUAGGCUUAGACAGUAUGGCAAAACCGCGUUUGAAACGUAUGUCGCACAGCACGGCCGAGACUCUGGACGGAAAGAUCUUCUGACCAAGAUCCUCAGUCCCAAGGGUCGUGAUGAGACCUUGACAGAUUUUCAAGUGUACUCGGAGAUUGGGAAUUUGGUGUUUGCAGGAACAGAUACGACCAGCACAACCCUGACAUACCUUUUCUGGGAGCUCACCCGGCGGCCAGAGUGGCAAUUGAGACUGCACAAGGAGCUUUCGGCACAGUCAGAGUGGGUCAAUGGCAUACCUUCGUACAACCAAGUCAAGGACUUGCCUAUUCUAGAGGCAGUGAUCGCAGAAGCGCUACGACUACACCCGGCAGCUCCAGCAAGCUUGGUUCGGGAGACACCACAGGGAGGACGAGUGCUGAAUGGAGUUCUGAUACCGGAAAAGACCGUCGUGUCGGCGCAGUGUUAUACGACGCAACGUGACCCAGUCGUCUUCCCAAACCCCGAUGCAUAUCUUCCUGAGCGGUGGAUGGAACUUGGGGAAAUGUCUAACGAGAUGAAAGUGCUCUUCAUGCCCUUCUCCACGGGACCGCGUGCCUGUCUGGGAAAGAACCUGGCAAUGAUGGAGUUGAAAAUGAUUACGGCCACAUUACUGCGCAGGUUCCGUGUCAAGUCGCCGUCGACAACGACCGAAGAGAGCAUGUCGAUGAAGGAUCACUUUCUGGUUAUCCCUAAAGGAGGAAAAUGUGAUCUGAUAUUUGAGUGUUAUGAGAAGGUUUGA